AUGGCUUUGGUGCCUCCUGCAUGCGCCCCUUCUGAUAGUAGCAAUACUUCAGAAGAUGAAGACCAGGUUCCGAAAUUACUAGAACACGUUGAGGCGAAUGACUUAUCCGAUUUUAGUUCCGAGCCAAAAUCAAUAGAGUCCUCUUUAGAAAGGCUAAAUAUCCUGGACGAUCUAUCUGAUAAUAGUAACUCCAAUAUCCAACAAAAUCCAGAAUCUCCCAUAUCUCCUUACGAAGAAGAUACAGUCCCAUAG